ACAGGGUGCCUAGGAAUUAUCAGUCAAAAGCACAGAAAGCAGCCACAAAUUCUGGCAUAUAUUUUUGGAUUCAAAUUUUGAUGGGUACCAUGCAGGUGCUUUGCUAAGAACCCGUAUAACACAAGAGUAGAAAAGAGCCAAGAAGACGACCCAAUGGAGAUGCAACUGGGCGCCAUGCUGCAUGUGUACAAGGGCGAGUGGGGACUGCCGUCCAUUGACUUUGAAUGUUUACGUGCCUUGUGCCUGCUCAGAUUCACCAGAUGUCCCAUGGAAGUUCAGACCAGUUCCAAUCCGUUGCGCUCGGGAGCCGGCAAGUUACCCUACCUACAGAUUGGCAACGACAAGUUUGCGGGCUACAGGCAGAUCAAGCGUGUGCUGGAUCGCGAGGGCUACCCGAUUGAUGCGCACUUGAGCACCAAACAAAAGCAUUUGUCCACCGCCUACGCGAAUUGGGUAUUCACCAAUCUGCAUGCGUACUACCACUACUUCCUGUAUGGAGAGCCUCACAACUUCGACACCACAACACGCAGCCUUUAUGCUAAGCGCACGCCAUUCCCCUUCAACUUCUAUUAUCCAUCGUCCUACCAAAAGGAGGCCUGCGAUGUGGUCCAGGUGAUGGCCGGCUUCGAUGUCAACGACAAGAUAGACAAGCACGAAGGGGACUACCUCGUUGGCAAUGCCAAAAAGUGCGUGAAUCUGCUAUCCCGCAAGCUUGGACGCAAGGUCUGGUUCUUUGGGGACACCUACAGCGAGUUCGAUGCCAUUGUGUACAGUUACCUGGCUAUUAUCUUCAAGAUCACACUGCCCAAUAAUCCACUGCAGAACCACAUCAAGGGCUGCCAGAACCUAGUUAACUUCAUCAACCGCAUUACCAAGGACAUAUUCCGAGACGAGGGCUAUAGCUCCAUCAAGCUCACAAAGACACCGAGCGGCACGGAGGCGAAUUUGACGCCCUCGGAGCGCAAGUUCCUGGAAUCCGAAUUCAACACCAAAGUCGUGGCCGGAGUCGGUGCGGUGGCAGCCAUGGCGGCGUUUGCGGCAUGGCGAGGAAUAUACAACCAGCUAACGACGCGCUCCUCAACGGACUACGAUGGCAUAGACUACGAGGAUGAUGAGCUGGAGGAGGGCUUGGACUAAUCGUACCUCUACACAACGAUGUCUAUGUGUAUCUAUAGAGUUUACAUUUUAAAAUAUAAAGGGGAGAAGCACAAAUCUGUCCAAAGUUAGAACGUUAAAA